GUGAGGAAGGGCUCUGAGCACCUCCACUGCUCAGCGACUGCCGAGGGGCCAUGGAGCGCGCAGUUGUAGCUGCCGUUGCUUCGUGCUCGCCGGUAGCUCUGCUGUUGGUGCUGAAAAUCAUUUUUGGGAUCUCCUGCAUCAGGGUGUGGAGGAAGGAACAAACUGCUGUACCAUUCAAGGAUUUUAAGACUUGGGGACCAGUUCUACAAAGAAGCAAUUGAGCACUGUCGCAGCUACAACUCUCGGCUGUGUGCUGAACGGAGCGUUCGCCUUCCCUUCCUGGACUCGCAGACUGGGGUUGCUCAGAACAACUGCUACAUCUGGAUGGAGAAGCGGCACAGGGGACCAGGCCUGGCCCCAGGUCAGCUGUAUACAUACCCAGCACGUUGCUGGCGCAAAAAGAGGCGUUUGCAUCCUCCUGAGGAUUCCAGGCUGAAGCUGCUGGAAAUUAAACCUGAAGUUGAUCUGCCACUGAAAAAAGAUGGCUUCACAUCAGAAAGUACAACGCUGGAAGCCUUGCUACGUGGAGAGGGAAUAGAGAAAAAGAUGGACACUAAAGAGGAAGACCCUAUACAAGAAAUCCAGAGGGUUUUAGAAAAUGAUGAAAACGCAGAUGAAGUGAAUGAAGAAGAGGAUUUGGAAGAAGAUAUUCCAAAACGAAAGAACAGGCCAAGAGGACGGCCAAAGACCCCCACCUGGAAAAAAAUUUUCCAGAAAAAUGCUCGGGGAUCUGGAGGUGGCAGAAGACGAAAUGAUGCUGCCUCCCAGGAUGAUCACGACAAACCCUAUGUUUGUGACAUCUGCGGCAAGCGUUAUAAGAACAGGCCUGGGCUGAGCUACCACUAUGCUCACACUCACCUUGCCAGUGAAGAGGGUGAUGAAGCCCGAGAGCAGGAGACCCGCUCUUCUCCUGUCCACAGAAACGAAAACCACAAACCCCAGAAAGGACCAGAUGGGGUCAUCAUUCCCAAUAACUACUGUGACUUCUGCCUUGGAGGCUCCAAUAUGAACAAAAAAAGUGGCCGGCCUGAGGAACUUGUGUCGUGCUCAGACUGUGGGCGCUCUGGACACCCGACCUGCCUGCAGUUCACCACAAACAUGACUGAGGCUGUUAAAACCUAUCAGUGGCAGUGCAUUGAGUGCAAAUCCUGCAGCCUUUGUGGCACCUCUGAGAAUGAUGACCAGCUGCUCUUCUGUGAUGACUGUGACCGUGGCUAUCACAUGUAUUGCUUGAAUCCACCGGUCUUUGAGCCCCCAGAAGGGAGUUGGAGUUGUCAUUUGUGCCGGGAGCUGCUCAGAGAGAGAGCAUCAGCUUUUGGCUUCCAGGCCUGAGGAGCUCCAGCAAUCAAGAAACACUUUGCUCCUGUUGUUGUCAUACCAGCACACAAUUCCCAUCCAGAACACAAAGACACAACCCACUUCAAAACGAAUGAACACUCAAGUACAGGAAGAGGUAUCUGUGGUAUUCACUGUCACUGAUGCAGGCUCUACUAGAAGGAUCACAUACUUUCCUGAUGCUCUGGAUGAAAUCUCUUCACUGCUAUGCAUGGUUGCUGCUUACCGUUACGGGCUCACAUGCAUUAUAGAAGGGGGAGGGUUGUUAUAUCGACAUGGAGAAGUCAAUUUUGUGUGGCCUUGUGCUUUCUGUUUAGUUUUCUUCCGAAGGAGAAAUAGUAAGAAAUCUCCCAAGGAUUUGUUGGUGAGUGCUUUGGUGGGAAGCAGCACCAGUUGUUACCGCCCAAAGGUUUGCCUGGAAGUCUCUUUACUGCAACUGCUCUGUAUUCUUAGGGUGGCUUUGUGUUGCGUUCCCACGUUGCGAACAAUGUGUUGUCAGAGAGAAGCACUGAUCAAAAUUUGGGGGGAGUGACACUUUCUCUCUUGGAUCAAAUGCUUUGAUUUGGCAGAUCUUCAGACAUCUGGUUUUAGUAUUUCUGAAGGAAGAGCACUGCCAGUGUGAACAUACACAGAUGCUUAAAUGCUGUGUUUGGUAUUUUUGAAUAUUCGGGCACACCGUCCCAAUCCAGUGCUAUCACGCAGUUCAGACGCAUCAUUUUAUUUUUACUGAAAAAAGUUGUGAGUGGUUCUGGAUGUAACUGGCUUGCUGUCCGGCUCAGAAAACGGAAUGAAAGAAAACUGUCAUUUCACGUUGAUCGUAGAAAAUAGAGGUUCCAGUUUUCUGAGCAAUCUAAAGUAAGCCAAAAAUAGGAACAACAUUGGCAUAGGGUCACAUGAAGCACUUUUGAUGAUUUUUUUUUCAAAUUUCUGAACUAAAAUAUUCUGCAAUUGAAAGCUGAAAUUUUAUUUUGGGAAUUGCCCAAUCAGAACUUCCAGCAUUUCCAGGGUUGUACUAUUUUUUAUCAAAAUAAUUAUCAAGAUUUGUUGAAUUUUCAAGUCAUUUUGCCCCCAAAUUCUCUAUUUUGCAUUUGUGGCAGAAGCCUUCUCAAGCUCCAGUGAAAGGAAUCAUUUACUUGAAACUAAUAUGAAAAGAAGGAUUUUCAUAGUUAUUUUAAAACUUCAAUAGGAAUAGUUGUACUUUGUGCAAACAAACCUCAUGUGAAAUGGGGAAACACUAAGCAAGAGCAUCGAUUGAAAAAAUGUUUUCACAGUUGAGUCCCUUUGAUUAACUUACGACAUCACUAGGAGGACAAGUGAGUACAUUAAAACAUUUUUACCAGAUGCAUCUUUUAAGGUUAAAAACAUGCAACUCCCCAAACAGCCAAGUAGCCCAGAAUGACCAUUUUCUUGGGUGUGAUUUAUAUUUCCUUCUAUGCAUAGAUUUAAGUAGGAUUAAGAUAUAAAUUUAUGAGAGUCCCAAGCGACACGUGAUUUGAGUUGCCUGUACAAGUAGGUAAGAACACUGAAGGUUAUAUUUGGGAUAUUUAUUCUGGUUGAAACUUUUCUGCAAAAUGAAAUGUCCCUGAAAGGACACUGUGAAAGAGUAGCAGUGAACUAAUUUUUCUUUUUUCUCCUGAUAAUUACACUUAGUUAGAAUGAACUAUGCUGACCUAAUGCACUAUUCCUCAUUAUUUAGAUAGUUUGUUCAUCUUUAGUGUUUUGUUCAGCUAACAGUAGUUGUGUCAGCUGUUGGAUUCUCCCACGUGCUCUCACAGCGUUGUCUCAGAAUGCAGUGGGAGUGCUUUAAACUGUAGAAAAGGGGUUUAGGAUGUGUUUAUCCUAGUUGUAUUGGACCAAAUUCCUCCAGGAGUGGCCACAAUGGCUACCUGUGACAUUCAUUGAAUACAUUAACUUUCUGUGUGACAGUCCCGGGCAAGCCAAGAGUAUCAAGAAAUUUGAGCAUCAGGUGCAGGACCUACCAGCAUGAGGUGUCUGGUACCUCUCUGGACAAAGCUCUAGAAAAAAUGUCAAACAAAGCUUCUUCCUCCCAGUCCAACGGACUGCCCACCCCUGUGGUCCCAUUCUCACUGCUGAGCUGCUGUCACCCAGUUUGAUGGGUGGACGUGGGGACAUGUCCUGCUGGUAGUCCGUGAUCCUGGUUGCAGGGCAGCAUGGAGUGAGCCACCCUGAGGGGAUCUACCCUGAGCCUGGGCAGCUCCUCUGCAUGAGCUUUGGCACCCAUCUGCUCUGCUGAUCUGACACUUUGGGACCACUGCACGGUUCGUGCUGCUGCUCUGACUAGGAGGGCAAGUAUGUGCUCGGCAGGGAUGCUGCUUGACUGUAUCAUAUAAAGUGAGUGUUUCGGUUCGAGAGACAGGAGCUGGGAGUGUGAGUGCUGGAAGGAAAUUCUGUGAUGGAGCUGAUGAUGGGAGCAGCAGAGUGGCUGCUGGUGUUCAAGUUGGUGCUCAGCUGCCUGAGUGACUGGGCUUAGUGAGCUCCAUUAUAAUGAGUUGUUGCCUUCACAUUUGCUGGUAUUUGUGUUGACCUUGGGAUGGAAAAAAAAUACAUAUAGCUUCAGCCUUUGUUCAGGCAUACAGCGGUGGCUUUAUGUCUAAGCACCCAGUGAUCCUUUGUGAGCUGGUGGUGGGAGCAACUGGUGCAGAAAGUCAGUGUUCUGUCCCUGAGAUGGAGACGCUAACUGAUGAGCUGUGCUUUUUAUGCACGCCUGCUCUCCUGUUUUGCCAUUUUGAUCCAUACCAUGGACCAUUUUUUUCUCCCACACCACGGUGAAUGCUGUCUUUCAUGUUUGUAAGUAUCUCUCUGUGGCAUUGCUGAAGUUUCACCUCUAACGAGGUAUGAUGGAAGGAUGGAUUGCUAGAUCUUCUGCAGCAAAAUAUUGUCGGAGCUCAGUGAAAGAGGGAACUUAUCCAUGGUGAUCUCUUCAGCUCCAUGCUAUAACAUAGCUGGGCAGCCCCAAGUAACUCUCAGCGGCAAAUGAUAUGCCAGCUGUCCCAGGCUGAGGAUAUCCUCCAGCUGCAAGCUCCCUACUUUUUGAGCUCCCUCCUAGAAAAGAGGCUGGUACAUUCCUCCCAGGGAUGUUGUUGGCAUGCAUUCAGAACUGUACAUCUUGGUGCACUUCAGAAAUACUAAUCAAGCUCCCAAGUGUUUGAUGCUGUACCUGCUUUACCAAGAUGCGGGGAGGUGAUGGCACAAUCAAGAAGUUCAGAACUUCAGAGAACCACUUCCCUGCCAUCAGAGUACCGCUGGGACACCCUUCCUAUAUGGCCAUUGGAGUGAGCUGCUUUGGCAAAACCAGGCACAUCCUGAACUAGCAUGUGACUGAUGUGGUGUGGGCAGCAAGUAGUCUGAGGAUCCUGGCUCCAUGAGCUUCUCUUUCUUCUUGAGGCAGCACAUGCAACACUGCCCAUGGAGCAAUGCUUGUUGUUGAAAGUGGCAGAGUGUGGUGAGCGUUUCAUGGGCAGGUGGUUCCCAUCAGCUUUAUAAAAUGAACUAAUUCAUUAGGUAAAUGUUUGUGGUGCAGUGGGAAGGGCAGCAAGGGGACAUUUCAUCUGAGAGAUAACAAAGCCAAGUGGGCAGGGAAAGCUGCUAGACAAAGACAUGUUGGGUUUCCAUUUAAUCAGGCAGUCUGAACUGAGACAAAAUUCAAGAUGCUGUGCUCCUUAUCCACUCUGGAGACAGCUGGAAUUUCUCUUUUUUGCUUGUUUGGUUUUUAAUCAGUGAUGGACUUGGUAAAUCAUCCCUGUACCUGCUCUCCUGCAUGGUGGGAUUCACACUUCGUGUGGGAGCUUGUUGCCAGCCCAUGAGGUGAUCAAAUUCUGACAUGUUUUAAAGCUCUGUGUAGGCAAGGCAAGCUCUAUAUUAGCACAAAUCAGGACAGAGGGAGGUAGAUUCUGCAUCCCUCAAAAUCUUCAAAUCAAGACUGGGACCGUUCCCAAGAGAUGUAUUUUGAUUAAAUACAAUUUUAGUUAAACACAGGAAUGUCAGACUGAAGAAAUUUUGUGCUGUGGAGGAAGCUAGACUAGAUGAUGUAAUUGUUCUUCCUGUCCUUAUAAAAACUCAUGUUUACUGGUCAAGGGGAUGUAUUUAAAUCAAGAUGUCUCUGGAUAACAGACUUAAAAUAUGUUAGUUUAGCAUAUUCAUGAAAUCCUUCUCAUUUUAACCCAUUUUGGGUGACCUAAAAAAGGUCACUUACAGAAAAUCACCUUGAUGGUUGCAGUAAAUAGUGCAUUAUGUCUGUCGUGCCCACAAUGGCACUGCAUUGGUGCCAGCUACGUCAGGCUUUUCCAGGGAAUGAGCAAUUCAGACUGCAUUGUGUGAAACUGUUGCUUCGUUCUGGCUUUCCCCCAUAGCUAUGUAUGCAGGACUGCCCUAUGUGUGCCCGUGGUGGCAGGGAGAGGAGCUGCUGUGGGGCUGCGGUGGUGGCUCUGAAGCCAGCAGGCAGAGAAAUGGUCACCAUCUUUGGAUUGAAUCUGCAGCAUCUGAGUAAAAGCAUACUUUAGGCCAGCCCUUGAGCUAGGAAAGCCACUGCUAAGUGUGUUCUGAAGCUGACGUUACUCUAAAUAACUUUGAAAUUGUUAUUCCUCACCUUUCUUUAAAAGGGGCUCAGUAAAUUCUGACCCAAAGGAAGAGCCUCCUGCACCGUUUUGCACUGCGGGGCUGGUGCAUGUUCCACACACCUUGACACACGUGGUCUGUCAGGAGUCACUGGGGAAUGGGGAGAGCAUGGGGACAGAAAGGAAUAUGAAUUAAGCUUGUUACUGCUGGAGGGGUCAUAUGCAUUGUGCACAAGGAAAUUCCAGGUAGGGCUGGAUGUGACUUUUCUGUGUAGUAUAAAUUUAUUUUAAAAAAAAAUUGCUUUUGAGGGAACCACAGUUAUUCACAUAUCCAAGUGUAAUCUGACAUAUCAUUUCAUACAAAAGAAGGGGGAAAUAUCAGAAAAGUUGAAACUGCUUCAGACUGAUGGUGACCAGCAGGUAGGGCUGUCACUGGUGUGGACCUGGUGUCUCUAGGUGGAGUUGGGAAGUGUGGGGCUUGUUUCCAUGGAGAAAAGGGUUUGCAGCUCUCCUCUGGGUGGAGGAGCGGCGCCGAUAGUCCUGCCCCCUGUCUGCACCUCUGGACAGGUUGGGGAGUCCCACAUUCACCCACAUCAAAGUGCUCAGCAGAGUGUUUGCAGGAAUGGCAAACAACAGCAGCCACUCUGCGGGGACAUGGAGAGGAGGGACUUGGUGGGGUUUACUCCUUUCUUUCAUAAAUGUCAGCAGAACAUCAGGUGUUUUGCUGAUGGGGAAUUAAGCCAAUAGCUUAUUAAUGUUUGCAAUACAUUUCUGCCACACCGGGUGAAAAUGCAAAGUAUUAUGGCAUUCAUCUGUGCAUUUAGAAUAAAUAUUGUUACUGUUGUUCUGAAAUGAGGAAACUAUAAUUUCCAGACCAGCUUACCCCCUGUGCAUGCAUAAGUUAACAAUAAAGCCCUUCAUGCUGAUUUUCAGGUACUGAUAUUUUCUUUUCAGACCACAGAUUUCACUUCCACAGUGCAUCAGGAAACAUCCCCGCUCUCCCCAUUUCUCAGGAGCCAGGGCAAGGGAAAGGCAGUUUUGAGUCUUCAUAUUCUGAGUGAUAAAGUACAAGAAGUCCAUUUCAUGGUCAUCUCUCCACAUCUUGAAGGAAUGGCAUGGUUGGCUGGGAGAGAGCUCCUUUCUUUGGCACCCUGGAAGAGUCUUUGCUAGCAUGUCUCACCUGUGCAUGAGAUAUCUUAGUCUGGGGUUUUGUCCUCUGGGAAAGGACUCUUCCUGCUGUUGCCAUGUCAAUCUUGGAAAGUGCUAAUUCCCGUCAAAGAACCAUGUGCUUACAAUCCUGAAAAUCAGGAUAAGAAUUUCCUUAAAUUCCUCAGGAUUUUAAAAGGAUGCAUGCCAGGAAAGCAGACCACCACCACUACCAUUUCAAGAACUGUGCUGGAGCACGUGUGUCAGGUCACAGCCCAGGUGCCAGGUAAGAGCUGCGUUUUGAUGUCCACUAUGCACCGGCAGCGCAGACUUUGUCAGCAACAUUAAUUGGAAAGUAGCUGCUCAAAAUGAAAGGAAAAGAUGUGGAUGUCGUGCCCGAGAUACCCUUCCUUCCUAGACUUCUUAGGAAUAUAACACAAGGGAAGUGCCCCUGCAUCCUUAUGGGAAGGCUAUAGUAAGUAUAUGAGGAAUUUCCAUGUUCUCUCCUUUAACCUUCAUUAUGGAAUGUCCUUCGUUGCUCAUCCUAGUAUUUUUCUUCUCCUAAAUAUAUUCCUGGAUUUCAGAGAAAGUGUGUACCAAAGCUGAUCUGAAGGGUCUAGAGUGACUCAGAAAUAGAGAGAGGUUCAGGCUGAACCACCAACUUUCACCUCUCCCUUUAGAAGUGUUCAGCAAACCCUUGAUCAUUGCAGGGAAUCAAACUCACAUGCUGACUGAAUCCCAAUUCUGCAUUAAGGUCACACAAUCAUUCUUUUAGACUCUUUUGUAGUCAUAAAAUGUUCUUUAAAAAUGCAGGAAGAAAUGUUCCAUCUUUACCUUGAUGGCAUUGACUUUUUGUGCUGCAGCAGAGAUCAACAGCCCUCCCUCCAGUUUACUCUGACUUUCUUCCAGCACCGUAGCCUGGGUCAGCAGUAAUGGGGACAGGUCCAGGAAUAAUCUGUCUCAUUGAAUUCUGGAUGUAAGGAAGGCUCAAAAGCAUUUAAGUAAAUUGUCAUCUGCGCUGAUAGUCAGAUCACCUAAGAAUCAGAAGUUUCUGUACGUGUUAAACUAUUACUUCACCUGUUCCUUAUCUGCCAUUUCAGACACCUUUUUUCACUAGAAGUGGUUGCAAAGAAAAACAUCAACGAGAAUUGGGUGAAUUAGGAUCUUUGCUGUUGAAUUUCUAUUUGACAGUGGGACAGCAUUAUUAAUCAUAAGGAGGGAAAGGAGGAGGAUAAAUCUGUGACAUCGUAAUGCAUCUCUCAGAUAAAACUAUAUUAUCAGCUUUUAUGCACUUCUGAAAUGAUGAAGAAAUGAUCUCAAAAUAGUGCCAACCGCAUGAAUACAUUGGUAGAGCCUUGCUGUGUGGUGCUAUAGUAUUUAAUUUUAAUUAGAAGGAGAUUUUAAGUUGUACGUGUAUAUAUUUGUGCACCAUACGUAUGCUAUUUACUGUAAAUGUGGCUCACCUACCAGGAAUUUAUCCAAAGUCCUAUAACAGGUGUCACUGGCCUUGAAAGAGAAGAAGGAGAAGGGAGAAAUGCCAAAGGUGUGUCAGCAUUCUAACAAAAUAAGGCAAAAAUUACCCCUUACAGUACAAUCACUGUCAUAUUUGGACCAUGAUUUAUUGACACAUGAAAAAGUACAAAUUCACUAAAAGACAGACCAGCUUCUCAGCUGCUCUCAGUCAACAUUCUCUGAUUGACUUCAAGCCUAGAGGCUGGCUGGGUGUCUUCAGAAGGCUCAGCCUAAGUAGUACAAGUCGUUAGUCUUUAUUUAAAAAUGUGUAGUUCUUACUAGCCAAGUACACCCACACAAGAAAAUAGGUGUUUCAGCCCCAGAUGAGUCUGGUCUGUUUACUGUUGGUGCUGAUUCAGUCUGGUUCUGGUGAUGCCAUGUCAUAGACUUCAAAGCAAAGUGAGACAUCUCAGCAGACAUUAUGCAGCAGUCAGCAACCAGCCUAAAUUUCUCCCUGACUCCAUGGAGUUUGGACUUGAUUGUUCAGUUUCCAGUAUACUACAUUUUGAAUAUCUGUAAACAACUCCUUCCUGCAGUACAUGAUUUUCUACAGCAACAGACCUCAUUUCACUCAGCUCUGAGCUCACCUCCCUGCCCCAUUUCUAAUCUGUUCCAGCCUUUUUGAUUUCUCUGUCUCCUCACAUGGAAAUCUUCUCCAGCUCAUGUUGUUAGCAUCUGCCCCUGGAGCCGGUCCUCUUCAGCUCUGUUUGCUCUGAGGCUGAAGGGGAGUUGGCACGACUGGGGUAUGCCAUAGAUUUACCAAGUGGGACAUAACCUCCUACGUGCAACUUCCCACCUGUCUGUAUAUCCCAGCACAGUCCUUGCUUUUAGCCACUCCAUGCGCGCUCCUGUAGCACCUUUGUGGCCACUGCAGGUCUGGAGGGAGCUUGUUUGGCAGCUGUGGGAGCCACGUGGCCUCACUGCCAGCACACGUGCCCGCCUUCCCUGCUGCUCCAGCUGGGGACACGGUCAGGCUGCUGGCGCAUGAGAUCACAUCCAGCACGGCUACUCCCUGGAAGCCAAAGUGUUGCUUAGUAACCCACUCAUGGAAGUACCAGAAGCAUUUUUCAAUCUGUCACGUUGGUGAAAAACACUGGCUUCUUGAUUUAGAGGCAUUCUGCUGUGUGUAGCAGGGCUGUGCUCCAUUACCUUGCAUCCAGUGCUAUCUGCAAAGAGGGAACAAACCUCUCCGUCAUGGAGGGGCUGGGAGAAAAAAGCCACCGAAAGGAUUUGCCCAGCAUUGCGUGUGAAGCCUUUAGUCAGUUCUCCUGACAUCCAGACCUCAUCUUAACUCCCUUCCUGGGGGAGAUACUUCCUCCUUAUGGAAGUGCACUCCAGGGUCCUAUAGCAAUUGGCCAAACAGGACCCUGCAGCGCCUUCAUCUAUUAUGAGACAUUACUGCAAUAAAACAUGGUGUGUCAUACAGAAACUGGAUGAGGUAUUGCAAUAUUUAUGUUGUAAGCCUCAGUGUCACGGACAAUUGCUACAGAAUAAUGUAUGUCUUUUUUUAAUGCGGUAGAGUCAUAGCAGCUUCACAAGAGCACGCGGAGCACAAACCACCUGGGAUUACAUGGUUUCCUCAGUUAUUUUCAAAUUAUUGUGUUAUCGAGAAUUAAAUGAAAAACAUCCUCUCAUUUAAAAAUAGACUGUUAAGGGCUUUUAGGUUACUUCCCUUCUUUUAUGAUUAAUUCAAUUUGGGGGCAAAACAUCCAAGAACUGUGUUCUGACUUGAGAGACUUGCUCCUUUUUCUGGCACUGGUUCAUCCUUAAAAAUGGCUUCAAGAAAUAACUGGAGGGCUUUUUUUUGCGGUACCUUAUUGAUUUUUGCUAUCGAAUCUCCUCAGGUAAAAGGUAUUUAUAGAAUGUCUAGCUUUGAGCUCUGGUGUCCAGCUGGGCUCUUCCCAUCCUGCUUCUUGUCACAAUGAGUGGAGUCAUGGUCUGUAUCAGGAUGCUGUAUGACCCAUUUCUAUCCUGUGUCCCUGAAAGUCCUCUGCAAAAACUGAAGGUAUUUUAGGAAGGUCAUUGGAGGUCCAGAGUGACCUGAAGAUCGGGUUGUCCAACAAGUGUUCCUGAGAGAUUCUUUCAGUCUUCAGGGACUCUCUUACCCAUGACCAUGGCACAACUGGGAUAUGCCAUAGAUUCGCCAGGUGGGACAUGACUCUUAUCCAUUCUCAGUAUUGUGGUGAUGAAAUCAUCAAGGUUUGUUUCCUGUGCGAAUCCCUUUCAGCAAAGUGUCAGUGAUGCACACAACAGCUGGGGUCUAAGACUUAAUGCAGAAUGAAGAUGAAAAAAUGUCCUGCAACAUGGGAAGAUCCCAAUUUGAUUUCUGAAGAAUUUCUGAAGAACUAAGUACAUUCCUGUUGUCCUUCCUAGUCUAAUAGUUAAGUUUGGGUAUGGGAUACAAUCUCUUUCCAUUUUAGUUUACAUGUAAUUUAAGAAAUACACAAAGUGGUAAAAAAAAUAUUCCUGGCUGGUGUGUCACCAGUGUGAGAGCGAUUGAAUACCCUGGGGGUCCUAGCACAGAAAUGUCUGUCUCACACGAAUGUUCAGAAAGAAUGGGCUUCCCUGGGUGGCAGGGAGUGAUUUUAGCAGGGGAGCCAAAGGCUGUGGAAGGAGGCCUGAUUUACAUUUUAAUUCUUAGAGCUGGUGGUGCCAGCUCAGGAUUGAUGGAAAUCUUGCCCUCAUGAUGCUAUGCUCCAUGGAGAGACAAUUCAGAGAAGCACUAAGUGUACAAUGCAUUGUUUGUUUGAGAAGUAGCAGGGUAUCUAUUUCCAGUCUUCUAAUACCUUGACCUUGGAGUUUGUUCGUAAUUAAAUAGUCUUGUCUAACCAGCUAGCCAUUGAAGGAAAAGAGCUGUUGUUAUAAAGAGAGCAGGCGAGGGAAGAGCAGGCAGACCGGGUAACUUCUAGGCAAUAUUGAGAGAGCACAAUGAUUCCCUGCAGUCACAGCACCUCUUUCUUCUGCACGGUCUGUGAGAUAAAAUGAUUUGAGCUGAGAGACAUUUUAGAGCAACUGAGUUAGUUGGCUGCGAAGCAGGAGCUGUUCUAUUAAUGUCCAUUCCUGCUGUUUAGUUUUUGAGGUUUUUAUCUGUUAGUGUACUCACAGCCUUCUUUUAAAUAUUGGAAAUGCUCUAGUUUAUUUCUGUCUCACCUAAGUGGGAUCUGCUUUCCCUUACGGAAAGAACAAGGUGGGCACUGGAACCUGCUCUGCCUCCUGUCUGUACAUACCCCUACCCAAACGUGACACACGUGUACGCUGAAUGACUGCAUCAUAGUGACUUUUGUAACGCGUCGACUGUGGUGUCAAGAUAAAGUGGCUGGAGAAAACUAGGAAUACUUCACUUGAUAUGAAUAGAAAAUCAGUCAGUGAAAAGGCAGUACAGCUGAGGAAGUUUUCUUACUCUGAGCCACCAUUAUGUCUUCUACGAUAUGCCAUCUCUGUGUCCCCUGAAUAGAUCUUUGUCCUUCUUGCGGCAGCAAAGAAAUUGACUUUGGUGUCUUUGCUCCAAGCUGGAGUCACCGGCAUUCAGUCUUUUUGUAAUGUGCUGAUGAACUGAGAUGCCAGCCUUGACAAGGGCUUGGCAACUUCCGUAGCUUCCCAGCAGAAUAAUCUAAUACCAGUCAGCGAAUAGAUGGGAGGGGUUCUGUGAUACUGCUGACUGAAGCAUGCCAUUGAAGUAUUGGUCUUCGGGGCAAUAGUGACAAGGAGAUUUUAUAUCAGUGCUUGUGAGAAAAAUCUGGCAGUCUCAGAUGAAGCUGGUUGUCCUGUUUGUCACACAGUAAGCACAGAUGCAAGCCAGAACGACUGAGUGAGAAAAUAAGGCUUUCUGUGUGACAAAUACUCCAGAUAUCACUCUUCCUUCAGAGAAAAAAAGCCUUCUGUGACUGAUGCUGGGGUGGUGAGUAGGUGGGCUCAUAGAGCUAGGGAGACACAUCACCAUAGCACGUUUGUCACAAUGUCCUCAAUCAUGUAAAUGUACAGGAAUAGGAUAAAAAUGCUUGUCAUUUCUUUCAAAUCGCUUUCCAGCUAAGUACACUACCUCCAGGUCACCUGUUGCUACCCCAUUGAGGCCUAAUUGGGGUUUACGCUAUGCUACUUGGUAUUCAUUUUUGGCGGCCGCAGGCUAAGGUUACAGGUUUAGGAACCAGUACAUAAUCAUAAGGACAGCUUCUUCUGUUUUUUCUCUUUCCCUCCUUCGUAAAGUGUGAACCUUUCUUUUGAAAUCUGAAGUGACUGUAUUGUUACAAUGUGUGUAAGUAGAGAUUUGUUUUGAUAUGGCUUGUGUGGAGGACCUUUGCUCCUUUUAUCUCACACUCCGUUUUCUUAAGUGCUUGAUAGCUUUGCAAGCCUUUUGUGGGGGAGGAGAGGUGGUGGGGUGGGCUCUUACUCUUCAGACUUGAUGCUUUUUGAGGGAGAUUUGCACAGCUUUGCACAGAACAACUGAGAAUCCAGCGUGUUCUCAAUUAUUCUUAAGCUGUCCUGAUCUGAUUUCUUCCAGCAGAAACAGAUCAGUUUUGAAACCCUCAGAAAAAUAUGUUGCUCAGCACUGUAAGCCAGCACUGAUGGAGGAGGUCCAUCAGUUUGUCAUGCACAGAGACGUGCGUGGUGUCUCUCCCCGGCCUGAAGGUGUCUAUCUGAGCACAGAGUGAGUCCCACCCUUCACUCAUACAGCUGAUGAUGCUCUGUGGCUAAUGAUGUUGCACCUGCCAAGGAUCAGCCCUUCUAUGUUUUGGUGGUUAGGAAACCCAAGAGGGAAAUCCUACGGGGGUUGGAGAGGAGAGGGCAACAUGCGUGGGAACCUGUCAGCUUUGCAGGAUUUCUUUGGUAUUCAUACACAUUUGCAAGAAUGUAUUCCAAGCAUCUUGUACUGUUAUUAGUAACUUGUACUGUAGUUUGUUAGCCGUGUUGACUACCUACAUAACUAAUAUUCUGUUGGAAUUUAGAAAAAGUGUAAACGAUUGCAGAAAACAGGAGUUUAGAACUUGUAUGUACUUUUUUUUUAUAUUAAAGCACUUCAAUUAAAAGUUCAAGGAAAAAUGUUCCUGUAUCCUUUGUUGCACGUUCAAAUAGAUGUGUGAAAGAGAAGGGAAGAGCGCUCUGUCGGAUGUCUUCCCUUCUUGCUUUGGUGCAGAUGAGAUGGUCAAACUCUGCAGAGGGGCUCUGUAUGUUGAAGCUUAUUCAGCAAAGCAGAUGUCUGUCUCCUAGUCUGGUAUCUGUUAUGGACUAAUGCAGUGCCUGAGGGUGAGGGCCAGGCUGGGCAAUCCCCAAGUGUCUGAGGGAAUGCCGAGCCAUUGCUAAGCGGUAAUUCACCAAGUGGGGAGCUACAAAAGGGCUGGCGACUGUGGAGAGUUAAUGAAUGAGUCCACUGUGAAGUAUGUUGAUGUAAAAGGAGGAAAAGUGUUUGCUUUCCAGAGUUGCUUCAGGAGUACCGAGGAGCUGUGGGUCAGGGCACUGGAAGAGCGGUGUCAGAGAACGGCUGCGCACAACUCACAGCAUCCCAGAAAUUGUUUGUCAUUCCCCCUGCAUGAAAUGUGUGUAUCCAAAUAGUCAUCUGGAUCACAUCGCUGUGGGAGCAGAGUGCACAAACAGAACUCUACAGCGGCUUGUGAUGUGGUGAUCUCAGCCCAGUUCUUAGGAGCCAGAUGCCCAUAAUACGAAAACAACCAUGAAAACUGUCUCUUUUGCUGGCACUGUUUAAUCAAAGGAACAAUGGGGGAGAGUGGCAGUCUUAUUCCUACAAAGAGCCCUUCAAUGUCAAAUUUGCCAUACAGUAGAGUAGCAUUCACCUCUGUGGCACAGACCACAGCCACUCCAGAGAGGAACAAAAGCUCUCAGACAGCACGCAAUUAAUCCGGCAUCUAUUAAACCAAGCACGGGUAAUUUUGAAGGAACGUAACAGAUUUCUGCUUUACAUUAUUCUAAGCGCUAUUUUUUUAACUCUACGCAGUACACACAGCUCAAAGUAAGAAACAGGAGCCUGUGCUCCUGGCAGCUGUUUUCUUCUGAGUCGCUGCUUUACCUCGCCGGCAUCUCAUAAUCCUGAGACAAAAACCAAGCAAAGCGCAGCAAAGGAGGAACGUUAAAAUGCUGAUGACUUUCCUGCUGCCCACAGCCAUGAGCAGGUGCCCAGUGCAGAGCAAACAAUUAGUUCCAUGACCAAGGGCACUAAUGAAAGCUGGUUUCCUAUGGAUUUAUGACAACACGUUGCCUUGGUGCCAGAGACUUGAGGAGUUAGACUUUGCUAAUAUCUUGAAUCCAGAUGAGGAUUUUAUCAGCAAUUGGCUCUGGAAUGGCUUAAUGAACUCUGAAGCAGUGAUAUGUAUAGAAAAAGAGAUGUAUUGCACAUGCGAGACUGAUUUUAGUGGAAUUUCAAAGAUAGUAUAGAAAAACUGAUCAAAGCAAAUGCGUCUUGUCUGCUAAGUCCUAAAAAUGGGACUAGUGCUGUUUGUAUUUCUGUGCUGUCUGCCUACACUUAAAACUUUUUCCAGUGCAGCUAUUUUGAAUAGCAGUGUAAUUAGUUGCCACUAUAAUGAUAUUUCCAAUAAAAGACAUGGAGUAGUUGCAGCGGUGAAGUAUAAAGGUGUAAAUAAACAAUAUGUUUUCACAAAGGAGGAAAAUGUCCCAGACAGAUUUUCUUUUAAAGCUAUUUACAAGUGAUUUGGAAAAAGAGGACAAAGUGUGAGGUGAGAAGUUUACUGAGAAUGAAAACCUGUUCUGGGCAGUCAAAACAGGAGUUGGUUGUGAAGGGCUGCAGAAGUUUUUCAUGCUAAUGAAUGACUGGGUUGUAAAAUGGCAGAUGAAAUAUGCUGUUGAUAAAUGCACAGUAAUGCUUCUGGGGAAGAAAACCCACCCUAAUUAUACAUGCAUAGUAAGGGGCUCUAGAUCAGCCAUCACUGCUCAGGAAAACGAUCUCAGCAGCAUCGCUAAUUCUGAGAAAAUGACAGGUCAAGUCUGAGCAGGUGUCAAAAAAAGCAAGUAAAAUAUUAGGAAUUACUGGGAGGGGAGAAAGGAGAAAACAGAAAAUGUAGUUAUCCCUGCAUAAAUUUAGGGUGUGGUUCUGGUCUAGGAAGUGCUUGCAGCACUGGUUCCUCCUCCGUGGCCCUACCCUCCCAUCCACACAGCCCAGCACAUUCAUAUCCAAAAAGCCUGUAGGAGAGCUAAGAGAGGCACAGGGAACAAGCAGGAGGCCUUGGAGCUAUGGGACAGCUUCCAUAUGAGGAGAGAAUAUGCAGCAGAACUCCUGGCAGGCCGUGAGAUGGCAAAGCAGCUGAGCCAGGUCUGCGAGUUAGCCAGGAGCCAGCCACCACAACCAGCUGCACUGCCAGGCCCAGGCACACCACGCUGAGUGCACGCAACCCAGUGGUGAGGUACGUGCUCUAUACUCACCUUCCUUCUCAUGUUUUUUUGCCUCCAAGAUCCAUUUAGAGGUUAUGCUUAGGGAAAGUGAAUCCCAGCGAUGUGCGGUGUUACUCUGGUUCUCACCUCUUCUAUUGACAGAGUUGUUUCCAUCUCUAGAUAUCUUUCCUGUCUCUUUAGUUUGUGCCCCAUACUGGGGGAGGAAGAUCUGCUCAACGUUUUUACCGUACUCGAUCAAGUGAUGCUGUGACUGCUUAUUUAAUUUGGCAAAGCUGAUAAAGGGUUAUCAAGCGGCUUGUUGUUGAAGCUUUCAGCGUUAGUCUGGCACUAAAACUGUAUGAAAUGAUAGGGUCAAACUCAGCAAACCACAGCUAAAUUCAGGGGGUGGAAAUCACAUAAGCCAAGGGCGAAACUCACAUCCCCUUGCGUAGGACUGGGUUUAUCGUUACGUGUAGGAGUUUCCUGGGAAGUUAUGAGGGUGAUGGCAAAGACUGAAGCAGACCUUUCACAACAGUAAAAAUUGAUUUAAUGGCUUUAUAUUUUGUGCUCCCAAAAGGCCCUAGCGUGACUAUGUGUUUUGAUAGUGCAAUAGCUCGCAGCUUUGCCAUCUCUACUUCAGUAAUUUCUUUGUGCGCUCACCUUAUUCCUGGGAAACAAGAAUCCUCAGGAAGGGAAACAACUUCCUCCCUGGGGCUGCCUGCCUGGCGCUGAGCAGCAGAAAGCCCUGUCAGUCUUGCCGAGGAGCUACAGAGAGCAGAAGUACCUCCCCGGCAGCCUGACCUUGGCAAGGAGACCGGGGACUCGACAUUCGCGACAGGCAGCAGCUCCCUUUAAUAAAUAUUUCACGGCAGAGAGCCGCAGACUUGGGGAGAAAAUGGAGGGCAGGGUUCAGCCAGUGACGCAAGGUGAUGUGACCGGACCUUGUCUAGCGGGGCUGGAGGCCACCUAAUUGGCAUUCCUGCGCCAUGCUUGUGGAGAGCAUUCUCAAGUCCUCUGGGAACACAAAAAUAAUUAAAAGGCCCCUCAGCACACAGUGUUGCUAAUGGGCUAUUGCCUGCCAUGUGAUGUUUUUGUGCUCAAUUAGAGCCGAGCAACACAGACUGCUAAAAAUUCACGUCUCCCUCUGAGAGACACCUGGGUAGACCAAGUCUGCUCUUCGGAUGCAUAGUGUCCCUCCUCGCACAUCACUGCCCCGCGGCAUUCACGUUAAGGAGCUGAAGGAAGAAGCGACAGCAAAGCUUCGUGAGGCAAAGUGCACAUUGCUUUGUUUGCAGCUCAGCAGCACGAGCUCCAGCACGGGCAGCCUGAGCGUUCAGUUCAGAACAGCCAUCCCAGUGUGCCCCCGGCACCGCCGCGGUGACCUUGGGCUGCAGAAUGACUGUGCAUAUGGCGUGAAGUAGAGGCCCUGGACCUCUUCCAGGCGAGCGCUCGCUCGCGCACGGCACGUCUGUGCGGCUGCUAGCUGCUCCCAGCGCAGUGCGCGCUCAGCCGGCGCCAGCUGCGGCUGCCUGGCACAGAGCCUCCACAGACCCCCUCCCUCUCCCCUGGCCUUGUGCUCCACAUAGACCCUGUACGAGGCGAUGCCAAGAGACCUAUCAACACCGUCCAUGUUUUCUCAAGAGGGAUCUGGCCACCUAAAGACAGUUUCUCUCUGCAGUCUCAGCUAUGCCUUCUGCCCGGGCAGCUCGGUGCGCUGUGCCUGCUCUCCCACAGGCCCUGAUGCGCUCUGCGAGCCAUCGGUGGGGCUUCAUUGGGGCCCAAACAAUUCGUCUCCGAGGUGCAGUUGGUUGAGUAUUCAUGGGCUAAACUUUAGGUAAUUAGCAUUGUUAAUGUCUUCUGUGCGAUAUUACAGCUGUGGGCCUCAUUAAAAUGUCCUCUUGGGAGAAGCCAGGCAGAGAGUCAGGUGUCAGCCCUGCUUCGCGUGGAAAAGCCCGCCUGCUAUUCGGGAGCGUUGUUUGUUCAAACACAGGACAGGAGCCCCCCAGGUCACCUUCCUGCAGCACCGCCAUGAACAAAGCCGAUCGUCCCACCCUGCCUCCGUUCUCUGUGCAAGGAAUGGGAGAGGUGAGCACGUGGCAGCCAUUACCACUCCGGGCAGUGCUCCCAGCGAGAGGCCCGGAGGAGUCUGCAUAACUCAGGCAGUGAGAGCUUCAAGGAUGGGCUCUGCAUUCGCUGUUUGUGUGACCUUUCUGAGUCCUUUUCCACAGGCCAGCAGCAGCUGGUCAGACAAUUAUUUAUGAACAAGAGCAGAGCUUUUCCAGCUGAAGGUGGUUGCUGUGGGCAGAUGUCAGUGCAACACAUGGGCACAUCCCAGCUGUUUGCAGGCUCUGAGCUUCAGAGAGGUAUGUUAACAGAUACAGACACAAGUGUGAUUGUCAUCUUGCCAUCCUCUGAAACCAAUGGCUUCAGCUUCUGGGUAAGUAUUCCCAGCAACUGGUUUUUUUUCCGCUAUUUUUUGGGGGUGUUUUGGCAGGCUGCUCAGAUGGCUGACAUCUCUUCCUUUCCAUGUUGGCUAGUUAAAUGUCCUCCCUUUCUACAGACCUUUCUGCUGCUGGGAGCAGUAGGUAGGAGGCUGGAAGAGCAGAGGGAUGGAGAGACCCCCUGGCUGUACUGGGUUCCUGGUGUGAAGAUAAGGGCCUGGCUGAGAAUGAGGGGUGGUAAUGCAUGAGCGGGAGCAAGCCAAACACGAUGGAAACUGGGAGAGAAGAGAAUGCAGGAUGGGGAUGGAAGAUUACCUGACUGCAGGGAGAUGAUUUGUAUAGUGAGAUGCUGCUUUGUAAGAUGUAAAUGACAUGCACCCACUGUGCAAUGUGUUCUUGGUUUUGUUGUGGUGCUAGAGGAGGGUUGGCUGCUCCCCAUGCUGCUGCUACUGCCAGUGCUGAAGAAAAUAAUGUACUUCCCAGAGCUGUGCUGAUAGUAUCGGCUGUCAGCACCCAAAAUCAGAUGCAAACAGAACCACCUUGUUGUGUCUGUGGAGUAAAAAAAGAAAAUUAAGAGAGAGGAGGAAAGUAGGCUUUGCCUGGUGAAGAACUGUAGUUCAAAAGACUUGCCUUCUAACACGUCAUUUUCAGGAUGCUGUAGCAAGGCAGAGUAAAAUGGAAGGUCCAUAACUCUGGAAUCAAAUAUGGUGAUAGUUAAUGGCCAUCUGUCUGUCUUAACAGUGUUAUUUAAUAACUUCUGUUGCACUUCCUGUCUGUUUUUAGCCCAGCUUCCUAAGGAAAGAAGAGCAAGUGCAGUCGUGAAAUCAUCUGCUUCCUACUAAUGCUUUCUAAACUCCUUGGUCAUUUUGGCCAAGUACAAUAAAACCAUAUGGUUGUUAAGUUCUUAUAAUUUUUAUGAAAACACAUGACGAGGAGAACGGGGAGAUGGAAUGAGAAAUGUCUCAUUAGUCCCUUCUGAAUGAAAGGACACAGCAUGACAUUACACCAUAUUAAACACUAGGGAACGAGAGAGAAAGAUUACGAUUGCCCCAGCUGAAUGGAAAUUUGCAAUCAGAGCCUGCGACUUAAAGGCAUUGGAGAACACCAGUAAGCAAUAGAAAGCCAUAGAAAAAAAUGCUCAAUUUCAUCCGCUGUUCAUGGUGCAUCAUCUCUCAUGCUAUGGUUGAAGGAUAAAAAUGUCUUUUGGAAAUUUCACGGAGGACAGCGUGAGGCCAAGAGCACAGGAGGUCCCCAGAGAAGGCAGGAAGCUGACCAGAGGAUUAUUUUGCUACUGAAGUGCUGCUAAUAGAAGUGUAAGGCAUUGGUAGCGUUACCUGUAGCACCAGGCCAUCCCUUGUGCUUUUGGGAACUUUUUGCUGCAGCUAAGACCGUGGAUUAUUUCUGUCAUCCUGGACCUUCUUGGAGGUGGAGGAGUCUGGGGAAGAGGGAGCUCAGGUGGGUCCAUUUUUCUCUUAAGCCUCUCCAGGUAUCCACAGCUCAUCCAUUCCUGAGCCUUCAGUGUUUCCAGAGGUGGUCUGUGCCAUGCCAGGACAUCUGUAUACCUCCAGCAGAAACCAAGGACAGAACUAAGAGUGGGAAUCACGUAAGGAAAGCAGUUUUGUUUCAGGAGAAAUAGGAUUAUGAUGGUAGAGGCCAGAACAGUGCAAAAUUAACAACUAACAUCUUCACUAAUAACACUAACUUUGGAGAAUUGCUGGGCACAGGGUUUUUAUCCAAUGUAACUGUAGCUCUCCUGUGUUUCCUUUGCUGUGAACUUGUGCAGAAGAAAAGCAGAAUAAUAACUCUCCAGCAGAUGAGCAUUUCCAUGUUCAGGAGAUCCACGGUGGCACCAAGGAGGCGCACAGAUCCUGCCAGGUGCUGAUGUUCCCACAGUGCUGAGCAGUGCCUGCAUCCAAAUUAUCCUGGAGAGAAGUGGCCCUUCUGCAGGGCAGCACUGUGGAUGCAAUGGGACCUGGUCAAGGGGGGCUUGAGGCUCACUGCUUUCUGGUCGUGCCUAUGUCCUCCGGUAAUCUGCCCAGUGGACUUGUGUGUGCAUCCUAUCCCGAUGCUGCGGUGCGCGUGUGAGUUUCUGUGUCCAUCUGUGUAUCUGUUUCGAGGCUGGUAUGUUCAUCUGAUGAUACAUAUUUAAAUACUGUAAAUAAUUGACAUGCAAUGAGGAAAUGUGCUUUAUCAAAUGAAGUGAGACCAGGCGAAGCCCAGCAUCAAUUCAUAUUCAUAUGCUGUGCAUUUCCUCCCUGUUUAAUCUGUGUUUUAAAGGAACCUGUCCCUACUGGGAAUUCCACUGCCAGCCCUCCCCGGCCUCAUUUUGUGCGUAGUAUGCCUUCCAAACUAAUCCAUCCACAAAGCCAGAGGCUCAUGUCAGCUUCAUUUUGAGAGUGAGCAUUUAAUUUCUGCUUUCUCUGUCCCUUCAAAAACCCAACAUUUAAGCUAAUAGCGAGGAAAGAGCAAGGAGGGAGUAGAGAAAUAGCAGCCUGCACUUCUCCCUCCUGCCUUUGGGAGUUUAUUCUCCCCUCAGCUUGCGUGGUACUGGCAGCACAAAGUUUCGGACGGCGGAGCAGGGCCCUAUACUUGCCCAGUGAUUCUGACUGCCAGGGCUGGCUGAGCAGUGCAGCUCCCCAAAAUUCAAGCUUGCUUUUGUAUACAUAGCCCUUUUGGGUUCUGCGCCUCUGGAUGUUGUGGCAUUGGCUCUUUGUUUUCAGGAAUGUGUGGAGCGGUGCUUUUAUUAAUUGUGCACUGCAGCCAGCGAGCUAAUUAGCAUGUGUGCACAAAGGUGCUUUCCUGGCUGCCCUAUCAGUGCAGCUACAGCUAAUUGGUGUGAACACGGCCAGGGAGAAGCCAUCAGGCAGGCAGUGCAUUUAGCUCCGCUCUUUCUUCCCCUCUCACUCAGGAAUUCAUCUACAUUAUUUUUGAAUUGGAGUCCCCAGGCGCCUUGUUUAAUUUAUGCUGCAACUUUCUUAUCGUCCCUGGAAAUGCAAUUGGAAAGGAAAAAUCCAUGCAGCAGAUCUUUCAGCGAGGGAAGCUGCCGAUGGUGGUUAUGCAGCAAGCCGAUUGGAAUGAGAAGCAGUGAGUGUCCCUGAACAAACAAGUUAUCAGUAAAAAAUGGCAGCUUUGAUCAAUUUGUGUUUUCAAUUGGCUCCUUGUGAAGCUGUAGUGCAGUACUUACUUCAAGUUGGGCCUUUCAAAUCUGGCUGGUGGUUCUCGAAAAAGGGCUGUGCAGAGCAACCUCUCCUCCCCUCCACCUCCUGGUUUCAGGAAUUUCGGAUUAGCCUAACAUCCCUGAGCUUAUGCCUAAAGAUCUCAUUGUUUCUUCACCUCCUUCUGAGCCCAGGCUUUUGUCUCUGGCCUCUGUUGCUUUCCUGUGCUUUGUCCCAUUUUCACUAAUAUGCAGAGCAUGAGGAAUCUGCACGUCCUCAAUGCCUCAGAGGGGCUGGUGAGAGUGCAACUGGGGAAUAUACCCUGGGGAAAGCAGCUGGAGCAGGAGCUGCGCCCUUCGAGGCAGUGCUGGGAGUGCUUUUGUGCUCUUUGCCUGGCUCUUUGCAGAGCUGCCAUCCUUGCUGAGAGCCUCUGGAGCCUCUCGGAGAAUGUCCCCCAGCGUCUGCCUUUGGGCCUCUGGCUCCACAGCCCCAGCAGGGGAUGGUUGGCAUUAGUGCAGCACCACUUUUAUGGCCCAGCAGCACUCAGUGGCCUGAAGAGCUGAGGGUGCAAGGAUAAAUUAGCAUGCAUGUCUCCAUGCCUCUUAGGCCCACAGCAUCCAGGUCUCAUAACUCUUCCUUUCUCUCUGCUGUCCUGAUGCCUCUAUUGUUUCUCAUAAGCUCUCUUUAUGUUGAUUUAACAUCUUCUGCACUACCGGGGCAGAAAUUCCUCUUGUCCUUCCCCUGCGUCUUCAAGACAGAGCUGUGCAGCUGCAGAGAAUCCUUAGGAGUGCAUUAGUGGCAGUUCUGACCCACAACCAUCCCUUACUAAUCUACUCAAGACGAGAGACCAAACUCUCCAGCCCUACAGACCAUAAUGAAAAGAUGCAGGAGAGAAUAGGCUUUUAUUCUCCUGUGACCUGGGGAAAGCACAGUUGUCUUGUUCCCUGCAGAGGCACUGAUGCAGCUGCAUUUCAAGGAUGUUGAUGGCAAUCAGGACAGCUGGUUUUGGUACUGCCAGAAGGGUGUUGGUUGCCUGUUUGGACUCCAUGCAGAUGUGCAGGAGUUCCACAAGGGCAGAAAAUCCUCAGUAAGUACAAGAGUCAGUCACUCUGUGCGGCCUUCUUGUGUGGUGCCAGGCUGAGGAUACUGCCCAGGAAGCACUGGGACAGAGAGAAACUGAGGUACGGGAUGUCUACGAGGCAUGGUGCAAGAACAGCAGGAUUAGUUUCUGCCAGAAUGACACAGAAGUGACUGUCCCACAGCCAUACACUGUGGUAGAGGAUUCCUUCAAAGCAAAGGUUUGGUUCCUUUGAAAUGAGGACUUCUCUUGUUGGGAAAUACCGUUCACAGAGUUGCUAAGAGAGACUGCUGGACUCCACAGUUCAGCACCUCGUUUAGAUUCAUUCUAGAAGUAACAAGGAGCUCGUCUGAAAUGAGCUCGAGGCUUGCUUGGGAGGUGGCUCCAGGCUGAGAAACCAGUUUUCCCCCCCAGCACCUCAACUCAGGGCCUUCUGCAGCCUGCCUCCACCCAAGCUGCCUUGCUUGUAGGGCAGCCCCAGGCUCCCCAGAAACCCAGGACCUCUGUGAAACAUUCAUCACUCCUGGAGAGCCUGCAGCAGAGCCUGAGCAAAGCUUUGUGCCUUGUGUGAACUGAAGAUCUAUCAUGGUUUGAAGAGUUAAUCACGUGACAUCUCCCUUGUUUUCUCUGCACCUCCAGUUCCUCGUCUGUGUGUCUCCUGUGCAACAUUGCUGCUAUCUUUACUCUUAGCAGUGGAAAGGUUAGUUCCUUUGAACCCCUUUCCCCCUCCAUCCCAAAGCCUGUUUCAGAAAUAAUCAAAGUAUAUAAUUAAUAUUGUACUAGUCCAAAUAAGUACAACCAUCUUCCAGGAGGAUGUACGUGUCAGGCUCUAAUUAGAAGCCUCCUCGGCACCAACCGAUGUGAGGUGACAGUUCACCAUUCCCAUCACAUACUACAUUUUUCUAUAUCAUUGCUCGGUCAUGAGUGACUGUGGACUGAGUUAACCAGACUCGGUGGAGAAGAGGGGUUGGGUGGGCCAUGGUGGGGACUGGAAAAGCAGGAGGUGAUUUUUCUAUUUGGUUAUUUGCUGAGACCCAUCAACACCACAGCUAAAUGAAUACUUCUUCAACUAAUAAUGAGCCAUGCCUUCCCUGGCUGAAUUUCUUUCUCCUGCUGAGGCGGAGGGUGCUGCUUUUUCCAACUCACUGGAAGAUCUCUCUUGUUCCAACAGAGCCUGAUGGGUGAAGGAGAAAUGGCACUUAGAAAAUCCCAAAUGUUCUUGAAUGCCUUUUCUUCCCAGAUCCCGAGUUAGCUGCUCAGACAUGAUGGGCCAUGCGAGGAAGCACAAGGAAAGCGUCUCAGACCAGAAGCGACUUUCUGCCCGUGGAGGACAGUUAUUUGGUGGUGAGCAGAGCCUUUGGAAGGCUGAGUCCGUGAGCACUGGCACCGUCCCAACACACUCACCAUUUUCCAGCAUCAGAUGGUGGCUGGGCAAUGGAAAGGCUGCAACUGAGAAGGAAAGGCAGAAAUAAACCCUUACAUGUCUUAUAUACCAACACUCCAUUUUGCUUGACCCAAUAAAAUGAAGCUUAAUAUA